AUGAACUUGGAAGCAUGGUCUCUUUUCUCGCUCUUAGAGCCCGAUUUUGUGAAGAAUCUUCGCAUGGUGUGCGUCUUCGGGAACUCCGGCAAUGAAGCUCAUUUGGUAACCCAAUCCGAUGACGUCUAUGCCUUGGGAUCAAAUGCGGCCAGUUGUUUGGGACUGGGCGACGUUUCCUCGACAUUGACCCCUAAAAAGGUCAAGCAUUUGUGUCAAAAGAGAGUCAAAAGUUUCGCAUAUGGCACAGGUCCUCACGUUUUGGCAUGCACUGAAUCAGGCGAAAUUUAUAGCUGGGGACAUAAUGGAUAUUGUCAGUUGGGCAAUGCGACCACCAACCAAGGAGUUGUUCCAGCCUUAAUCCCAGGGUGUCUAAAGGACAAAAAAGUCGUGGAAAUCGCAUGCGGAUCCCAUCAUUCCAUGUGCCUCACGGAUACAGGCGAGAUUUAUACUUGGGGUCAAAAUACGUGCGCACAAAUCGGCUCAGGAACAACCAACAACCAAUCUUCACCCAGAAAAGUCUCGUCUUUGUUCGGUGGUAGAAAAGUGGUUUCCAUUGCCUGCGGCCAGAUCUCCUCCAUAGCUCUUCUAGACACUGGGGAAGUGUACGGGUGGGGCUAUAACGGCAACGGGCAGCUGGGCUCCGGCAAUAACAUCAAUCAGUUGAGUCCUUGUCUAGUGAUAGCACUCAAUACUGUUGUGAUAUCCAAGGUUGUUUGUGGAUACGCCCACACUCUGGCCUUGUCCGAUGAAGGCUACCUCUUUGGUUGGGGAGCAAAUUCGUACGGCCAAUUGGGUUCCGGUAACAAAGCCAAUUCUUGCUCCCCAACCAGAGUAGCCGUUGAAAUCGGGCGAGUGGUCGAUAUCGCGGCUUCCCAUUACAACAACAUCUCGGCGGCGUUGACCCAAGAUGCCAAGGUCUAUAUGUGGGGCCAAUGCCAUUCUCAAACCGUGCCCACUCCCAUUUUAACGCCAUUCCAAAGUUUACACGAAGUGUUUGCUCGCUUUGGAUGUCCUGGCGUGACUUUUGCGCCUAUGUACACCAUGAUUCAUUCAGGAAACUCACUCAUGAAUGCCCUCAAAUUGGCCUUUGAUGAUGCGACGACGUCAGAUUUCACUUUCGUGGUUCAAGGCCGAGAUAUUCAUGUGCAUAAAGCGCUUUUGAAGAUCCGAUGUGAACACUUCCGCUCUAUGUUUCAAAGCCAUUGGAAAGAGGACAAAGACACUUCCCUUGAAAUUGAACAGUUUUCUUAUCCUGUCUACCGAGCUUUCCUGGAAUAUCUCUACACAGACGAGCUUAAUUUAGGGACUGAGGAAGCUGUUGAGCUGCUGGAUUUAGCCAAUGCUUAUUGUGAGCCUCAAUUAAAAAAGCGGUGCGAGGGUCUCAUCCAGAUGGGAAUCAACAUUGACAAUGUGUGCAUGCUCUAUGCCACAGCCUUAAAAUUUGAUGCCCAAGAGUUGGAGAGCUUUUGCUUCCGAUUCAGCCUAAAUCAUAUGACUGCAGUUACUCAGAGUGAAAGCUUCGAUCAAUUGGAUGAGCGAGUUCUCAAAGACUUCAUCCUCAAAGCUGCGCAAUAUGGGGCAUUCAAGACAUGAUGAUUGCCAAAAUGUGAUGAUUACUUUCAGAUGUUUCCUGUUCUUUUAUUCGAAACUUGUGAAGUUUUAUACAUUUACUAUCAAAUGUGACGUACACUUGUGCAAUUGCAGAAAUAUAUAUAUUUUUUUAAAUUUGA